AUGGAAUUGCCUGAUACAAUCAGUACAGCCAUGUACAAGGGGCGAUUCUGCACGAGUGGUGGAGUUAAAUCUCAGCUUGGAUAUGUUGAAACUGAUCCAUCUGGUCGAUAUGGCCGUUUCAGGGAUGUUCUUGGCAAAGGAGCAAUGAAGACUGUGUACAGGGCAUUUGAUGAAUUACUAGGGAUUGAAGUGGCUUGGAACCAAGUCAAGCUUGGUGAUGUCUUUCACUCCCCAGAACAACUUCAGCGGCUUUAUUCAGAGGUUCAUCUCCUGAAGCACCUCAACCAUGACUCUAUGAUGAUCUUCUAUGGUUCUUGGAUCGAUGUCAACAACAGAACCUUCAACUUCAUCACUGAAUUGUUCACCUCCGGCACACUUAGAGAGUAUAGGCAGAAGUAUAAGCGAGUAGAUAUCCGAGCAGUUAAGAAUUGGGCUCUCCAGAUUCUUAGUGGUUUGGAGUAUUUGCACAGCCAUAAUCCUCCUGUAAUACAUAGAGAUCUCAAGUGUGACAACAUCUUUGUCAAUGGCCAUCAGGGGAGGGUCAAGAUUGGUGACUUAGGCCUAGCAGCAAUACUUCGCAGCUCCCAACAUGCCCACAGUGUCAUAGGCACACCAGAAUUCAUGGCACCAGAACUAUAUGAAGAGAAAUACAACGAGCUGGUAGACAUAUAUUCCUUUGGUAUGUGCAUGAUAGAGUUGCUUACUUUUGAGUUCCCAUACAGUGAAUGCGCCAACCCAGCUCAAAUAUACAAGAAAGUUUCUUCGGGGAAGCUACCCAAUGCGUUUAGCAGAAUCCCAGAUUUGGAAGCCCAGAAGUUUGUGGGAAAAUGUUUGGCAAAUGUCUCAGAUAGACCAUCAGCGAAGGAGCUCUUGUUGGACCCUUUUUUAACCAUGGACCAACUUGAAAUACCAUUGCCACCAAACAUACCAUUACCUCCAAAUCACACUCAAAAGUUUAAUUCCAUUCCACUAGUUCCCAUUGAACAUCAUCGUGAUCAAACAAAGAGUGCCGAAAUGACAAUUACUGGUUCAAUAAACGAAGAGGACAACACUAUUUUUCUCAGAGUGAGGAUAUCUGACAUAAUGGGGCACACGAGACAUGUGUUCUUCCCAUUUGAUACAUUAAAAGACACGGCUAUUCAGGUGGCGAUGGAGAUGGUGCAAGAACUUGAGAUUAGCCACUUGGAACCAUUGGAGAUUGCUGCAAUGAUAGAUCAUGAGGUAUCAACUUUAGUUCCAACUUGGAGGGACAGGGUUAAGUGUCACCACCAACGACAGCACAGCUUUAACUACGAAGAAGAUGAAGAUGUCAAUAAUCAUCACCCCUUCUUCUUAUCAUCUUCUCCAUCAUCCCCUCGAGGUUCUGGCCACAUGUCUGCUUCCAACACCUUCAAGACCCAUGUUCGUCGCAACCAUUACCCUUAUGCUCAAGAAUGGCCUCAAGGUACCUACUCCUUUAAAUUAGACUCUACAUGCAGUAUGAACUACACAAAAAUUUUGUUGCUGGUAAGAAUCAUAAGUCACUUGGAACUCUUCGCAGAUGACAUGUUCAUGAACAACGAAGACACAAUUUCUCAAGCCUCGAUGAACUCUUUCAAGUAUUCAACAUUCCAGUUCUGCGAUGCAAGCCACGAAGACGAGCACGACGGAACCGAACGCAACAAGUGCACCACAUUGUCGUACCGUGGAGGCGAAGAAGCCGAACCCAGUUUGGCGAAACCGGUUUUGUACCCGCCUCGGAUGGGGUGUUCGUGUGGGUGCAGGUUCGGCUCGGGCCACGACUGCCCGAGGCUGACUCGGAUCCGGUCGUGCCCGCACGAGCGGCGGAGCCAGCAGCUCCGGCGAUCGAUGAUGUUGGACGAGAUUCACAAGUACAAAAGACGCUUCUUCAACACCGUUGGUGCUGUUGAGAACAUCGGGUUUCGGCAUCCACUAAGAGGUGGUGCGUGCUUUCCUCCUGUGUAG